CCGCUCCUUAAACUUUUUACAACUGACCGCGACGAAAUUUUCAACGAAAACCAACUUGGCAAAACACCAUAAAAAAUGUCAGGCCAGGAACAAGUAGUGACCCCCUGGGAUGUUCAAGGAUCUAUUGUUGACGGUCAAGAAGUGGGAAUUGACUAUGAUCACUUGAUUAAGCAGUUUGGUACUCGAAGAAUUACUGAUGAGCAACUUGAAAGAUUUGAAAGAUUAACUGGCCGUAAGCCUCAUAUGUUAUUAAGAAGAGGCCUUUUUUUCUCUCAUCGUGAUUUUGAUUCUAUUUUGGAUCGAUAUGAACAGAAAAAGCCUUUCUACUUGUAUACUGGCCGAGGACCUAGCAGCGAUAGCAUGCAUCUUGGACAUUUGAUCCCUUUCUUGUUUUGUAAAUGGCUUCAGGAUGUUUUUCAAGUCCCUAUUGUCAUUCAAAUGACUGAUGACGAGAAGUUUUUGUUUAAACAAAGCUUGACCCUUGAGGAAUGUCAGCGUUUUGCUCGUGAAAACGCCAAGGAUAUCAUUGCUUGUGGAUUCGACCCAAAAAAGACUCUCAUUUUUGCUGAUACUCAGUACGUUGGUGGCGCUUUUUAUCAAAACAUCGUUCGGAUCGCAAAGUGCAUUACUGCCAACCAGGCUAAAGCUUGCUUUGGCUUCAAUGAUAGUGAUUCUAUUGGAAAACUACAUUUUGCUUCCAUUCAGGCUGCUCCUAGCUUCAGUAGCUCAUUCCCCAACAUUUUCAAUGGUGCUAAGGACAUUCCUUGCUUGAUUCCUUGUGCUAUUGAUCAAGAUCCUUAUUUCCGUCUCACUCGCGAUGUCUCAGCUCGUCUGAAGUUUAAGAAGCCUGCUUUACUUCACAGUCGGUUCUUCCCUGCUCUCCAAGGUCCUCAGUCCAAAAUGAGUGCUAGUAAAGACAGUUCUGCCAUUUUUAUGACAGAUACUCCUAACAAGAUAAAAAACAAAGUUAACAAAUAUGCAUUUUCUGGUGGUGGUGCUACUGUCGAAAUCCACCGUGAAAAGGGUGGAAAUCCCGAUGUUGAUGUUGCUUAUCAAUAUAUUUCUUUCUUUCUUGAUGAUGAUGCUAAACUCAAAGAACUUUAUGACAGUUACAAAGCCGGAACUCUUCUAACCGGUCAGCUUAAAGCUGAGUGCAUUAAGAUUCUUCAAGAUGUUGUAGGUAACUUCCAGGAAGCCAGAGGAAAAGUUGACGAGGCAACUUUGAAUCUGUUCAUGGAUGGCUCUCGAAAGUUAGAGUGGUAGUAUGCUUUAAUUAAUUACGACGUUUUUUGGUUCACCUCAGUUUUCGACAGAAACGUAUGUCACAAAUUGAUCCUUUUCUUGAUCCUACUCAUCCUUAUUGAACAUUUAAUUAUAAAAUUAUAAUCCCUUAUACUUUUGAUUAAUACUAUUUUGAGAAGAAGCUCAUCUCGAUUCAACUGAACAAAAAAUAGAGAAAACUUGAUUAUAUAGAACAAUUUUUAGACUAGAUGUUUCGUUCAUAUAUUAGUAAAAAUAGAAGACGAUACCAAUUCUGAAAACCGUUAUCACAUUUUCAUCAUAUACGGCAUCCUUCAUCAAGUUUACUAUAUUCAAUUAUAUUAAUGACGAGAAAGAAAUAAAAUAAGAAAAAAAAGGAUCCUUAAC